CCUCGUCAAAAAAAUAGUGAUGUAUACACAUUGAAUGAGAGAAAUAAUCAUCCCUGAUUAAUUUACAAAAGUACCAACAAACUUGUAACUUGUUAAAUUAAACUAAUUUUUUGUUCAUUUUGUUGGUCUGGUCCUUCUCCUUCGUUUUGCGAAUAUAUAAUAAUGUAUACUCUUUUUGUGGUCCUCAUAUCUUUCUCUAUUCCCUAGCUUUUUUCAAAAAAAAGACUGGACCUAGAGUACAACUCGUAAUGCUAACGUAUCACGGAUGUCUCUGGAAAAUGUCUAACUUUUUUUGUAUAAAAAAAGUUAAGCUUAUUUCGGAAAGUUUCUCUUUUAUCAUAAAUAAAAUAUUUAUAUUUAAUAUAAUUUUUUUGACAUUAAAUAAGUCACAUUAAUAACUGCAUUUUUUUCAUCUUUUCAGGUAAACUGACUCAGUAUUUGAUACCAUAGUAAAAAUGGCAUACUAUUUUGUAUUUCUCAUUUAUUUUCUUAUUGAGUAUAAUCAAAUAUUAGCUUCUGGUAAGUUCUACUAAUAUUUUGGCUUUUUGUUAUGAAUCAGACAAACAUUUUAAUAAAAGUUUACGAAACAAACGUUAAAUUCAUACUAAAUUCUAUAUAGAGUAUGUAUAAACAAACUGUUUCACUCCAUAAUGCUGAUCGAACUAAGUCGAGCACUUACCCUUGUCGUACAUAGAUACGACUAACAGGCAGAUACGAUACGCUUCUAGAAAUUGAGUAUUACAGAACGAUACUAAGUAGCGCAAAAUGUGUGAAAUAUCUCUGUCAUCGCUAUAAAAUUCAAAAUCAUGCUAAAAAUUUUGGAUAUCUUAUUGUCUACGUACUCUUCUAGUUUGGUCAUACAAAAAUAUUAGUGUAUGGGAACAUGAAUCAGUCUAUUGUAAAGGGAAAGUUCAAUCGCCAAUUAAUCUUGUAUUUAAUUCAUCCACCUAUGACAAACGAUUAAAACAAAUGUAUUUUGUAGAUCAAGGAGUUUCGGAUCCUCCUAUACUUCUUAAUAAUGGACAUACAGCUCAAUUAAAUUUCAACAAACAUUAUGUCAUGUACAAUAUAGCACCAGAAAGCGAAGACUUUCAUGUUCAACAAUUACAUUUUCACUGGGGGAAUUAUAAGGACAAUGUCAACGGUUCAGAACAUCUACUCGAAGGACAACCAUAUCCAUUAGAAGUAAGAAGAUAA